AUGUUAGCAUCUUUAUGCAGAGGUAAUGCCAUUGGCAGUGAUGGGUUUCAUUGGCCCUAUGAAUUUCCUCUGCAAGAUAGCUAUUUUGAUGUUGUCCCAUUCAUGAAGUGUUAUUAUCCCCAUGACAUUUUAUACGAAACUAUGCCGCUUGAACCAACCCCACUAAGUUUUCAAGACUACGACUUCAGUGAUGUUAAAAACGUGCUUUCUGCAUGGAACGAAGUUGACGGUUCGGAUCAUAGACCUGCGUUUUCAUCAAGCAACGAUGGUGGAAGUGUGAAUGAGAUGAGGGAUGAAGUGAAGGGUAAACAACGCAGAGAAGAGAGAAUUAGUAGCAGUGCGAGAAUGCUAUCGAGGAAAACCGUUUCUCAGUACUUCUACAUGCCUAUAUCACAGGCUGCGAAAGAGCUUAACGUUGGUCUCACACACUUGAAGAAAAGGUGCAGGGAAUUAGGUAUUCAAAGGUGGCCACAUAGGAAGCUAAUGAGUCUUCAAACCCUAAUAAAGAACAUGCAAGAGCAAGGAGAGGCUGAAGGACCUGAAAAUGAUGAAAAAAUAAGGAUUGCUAUUGAAAUGUUGGAGAAAGAAAAGAGCAUGGUGGAAGAAAGACCAGAUUUGGAACUUGAAGAUAAAACAAGAAGGCUUAGACAAGCUUGUUUCAAGGCUAACUACAAGAAGAGGAAACUCAUGAGCAUGAGGUUCAUGGAACACAAUCUUCCCUUGGUGCCCUAUCCCACAAGUAUUGACAAAAGGGGUGAAUAA